GCUACGCGAACGAAGAUUCUCCUUCAUUCCAGACUGGACAGAGUGCCGAACCGCGCUUGCAGAACAGAGCUCGACGUGCUAAACGCGUUUGUUGUGAAUUAUCUGCGAUCACGCAACAGACGAGAGAGAAAAAGUGUUGUUAUCAAUCUGCGGAACAGAAAUCGGACCACCAUGAACACGCUACAGCAGAAGUUCCUUUACUACAGCAAACGGAAAUCCUUCCGGUACGGAGUACCGUUCCUGCUCCUCAUGGUUGGCGGUUCCUUUGGAUUGCAGCAGUUUGCACAGCUAAGGUACACGUUCUCGAAGAAAGGCUCGCUCACGAGGCAGGAAGCGGAAAAGUACGGGGUGAAUAUGAAGAAACAGGAAGACGUAACGCUGGAGGGCGAGUUCGAGAAGAUCAAAACGCUCGACAUCGAACACUGGGACAACAUUAGAGGACCCCGGCCGUGGGAAGAAACCGUACCCUCGUCAACGCAACAAACAACCAAGUAGAUUUUUUUUUGUUUUUGGAAACCAUGUUAGUUUCGCUAGAAAAUACAUUUCUUUAUUUCCGUUCA